AUGGAGCGGCCUUUUUCAACCUCCAAAGUUACAGGUGUGCGCAUUGUAGUCGAGUACUUCGACCCCCACGAUGUCUACAAGCUUGUAGCCCCUGGUCUAGUUCCUCGUCUUCCUCUUCGAAACCUGCACUGGCAAUCCCACGCUGGCCCCUUACGAUCGAUCGAUACUCUUCAUGUCGAACUCAUAUCCGCCAGUGGAGAACCAGCCCCUCCAACUUCACCUACCAUUUCUCCGUCGCUCCGAAGGUCGGCCAGCGCUAGUACCAAGGAUGAUGGCUUCCAGACGCAACAAAUCGGAGGGAAGACCACUUCCACAGAUACUGCCGAUACACCUACUGCUGCAGCGCGUCAGCCUGGCACCCAACGCCGACACCAGAUACCAGGGCUGAGGCGGACACCAUAUCUCAAAGUUUUGCUUGUCCGAUGCGACGAUAGUGACACGUACAAGUCCCAGACGCGAGCAGAGAUCCGGGAGUGGGUCAAGGAACAUACGCCUCCAUCGCAGUCUACGCGAAAAGCGAGUACACAAGAGAACCACGACGCCUUUGAGUGGCUGAUUGUUCAUGUGGUGAUACCCAACACGUUUGCUGCCAACCAGCCACGACUUAGCGGCAAGGGUCUCGAUGCUGCCGAGAAGUCAAGGACGUCUAGAUGGGGAUCCGGUUCCUCCACGCUUUUGGAGAAGCUUCGAUCGGAUUUCAACAGCUCCAGCAAGAGCUCCCUCGAUCGCGUGACUCAGAUUCGGAUUGGCAUCAACGAUGUGCCAUACGACAUUCUUCCGAGAGUGGUUCCUGCGACGCCAACUGGCUACUCUGAAUCUCGUGAAGAUGCGGAGAAUGCCUGGGAAGAUCUCAUUGGCAAGUUCAAAGAGUUGAUCCUUUCGUCUUUCGACAUGCGGGUGACCCAAUACGAAGAGGAUAUUAAAGAAAAGGACUCCCAGCGUGCUCUUCCUGGUUGGAAUUUCUGCACCUUCUUCAUCUUGAAAGAAGGCUUAGCUCGCGGCUUCGAAAGUGUGGGCCUCGUUGAGGACGCUUUAGUCGGAUACGAUGAGCUUAGCGUUGGGCUGGAUACUGUGAUUCAAGAACAAGCAACAUCUGGGGAUCCGGAAAGACAUGGCGGUUCACUUUUGAGCAAUACGGAGGACCUGGUGAAGCGCGCUGAAGCAGCUAUACAGGCACUGGGGGCCAAUGAUGGUGACGGCGAAGAUGAACAACCGGUGGACUUACAGGCCAGCGACGCCCCCAACACCGACACGUUUGACGAGAUUCCUAUCGGUUCUACAAAGAAACCGUAUCGUGAGAUGAUUGUGGCCAACAAUGUGUCGGUCUUCGACUUCCGCUGUUACAUAUUUGCCAGGCAGAUUUCGUUGCUUCUCCGCCUUGGGAAUGCUUGGUCUACUCGCGAGGAACUUCUAGCAAAACUCAAGGAACAGCAAGAGUCAGUUCUUCAUGGCGUUGCCCCUCGAGCGCCGCCGCCCAAGCAAACGGAAGAAGCUGAGAACUUGUCAAUGCUGGCUGAGAUUUGCCGAAGAACACUUGAAUUUGUUCCCGCCGUUUCGCAGGUCAUGAGGACAGAUAUCCUGUCAGCUUUGAAGACGAAAUACUCACAAGAAGACACGGCUAUUAUCGACCCGGUUCUGGCUGAGGCUAUUGACAACUUAGUCGCUUCUUUUGCUUUCUCUGUCGCGCAGCAAAUCCUUGCGCAGACUUCUACCAAGGCACUCCCUAUUCCACCAUCGACGCUCACGAAUGCGGAUAGCCACGAACCCAAGUCUUCCAUCCCUGAGCUCAAAACUAUGAUGCACCCUGCUCGAAACUCAUCUCUCGUAGUGAGAACGAACACGAUACAACCACCCAGUCCUGGCAUAUUCCCCGGUGCUCGACGACCCAGUGCAGAAGAUACUACUGGCCCCAGCUCUCAGUUUCUGAAAGCUGGUUUGGAAGAACUAGCCGCAAGGCGUGCAGAGCUCUAUGCUCUUUCCCGCAAUGUUCUGCAAGGAAGCGGCAAGAAGCGAGGUUGGGACAGUGGAUGGACCUCAGCGCCUGUGCUUGGAGAGUCGGAGAGCAACGAGUUUGAAGACGUGAAUCUCGAUGGCGAUGCCGACGAAAAGGAAUCCAAGCCAGAUGAUUCGGUAUCGGCUUGCAUUGGACUGGCUGGUAUUGAGAAUGGACUGCUACGUGCUGCUCUUGACAACCACGAGGACUUCUACCGCCUCUAUGAAACGCUCACAGACAAAGCUUUACGACAUUAUACUGUCGCGAACCAUACUCAUGCAGUCAAAACCAGCAUGGCUGAUCUCGCUGUUCUCAAGUACCACCUCGGCGAGUACGGCCCCGCUGCCUCUUUCUUUUACAUGACGACCCCCUUUUUUGGAGAGAAUAAUUGGAGCUUAUUAGAGCUGUCCAUGCUUGUCAUGUAUUCUCACUGCCUCCGAGAACUGCAACGCAAGGAUGAGUUUGUUCGCGUGGGACUAAAACUGUUAACCAAAGCGGCAGCCGCUGAAAACGAGAGGCUGAUCCGAAAGACAUCACUGGCUGUUGGACCUCAUCAAGAAGUCGCAUACCCUGAGAAGAGCGCAAUUUCUGGCUUUUUGAACGAGCUUCUAAGCGUCGCCGCAACACUGUCAAACGAAGUUAAGGUUCCCUUGCAGCAGCUUUUCACACAGGUUGAAGUGGUGGGGACUCCAGAUUAUCACGAGGGGAAGGAUCGGUUUUCUCUGACAAUUACAUUGAGGAGCCUUUUGGUUGAUGAAUUGAGUGUGGAAAAGGCCACGCUUCGUCUAACUCGGACUAUUCCUGGAGGAACCAAAGAGGUUCGAUUACAUACAACAGAGACGAGCAUCCUCAAGCCAGGCGUUAACAAGCUGCAUUUCAUCAGCACAACCAAUGUGUCAGGUCCUUACAGAAUCGAUCGUAUAGACAUUGUUUGUGCCAAUGUCCACCUUCACUGGGAUCGCGACAUCAACCAAACACCAAGCAAAACUGCACAUGUUUUCCGUGUGCCUGAUGUGCAACUGUAUCGACCAGCAGGAGGCUUGAGAUGUCGCCUGACGGCUGCAAAGGACAUCCAGCUUGACAAGAAUAACUCGGUCGAUCUGGAGGUUUCAACGGGAUGGAACGCCAUCUCGUCUUGUGAGCUAUCAGUGAAGCCUGCAACUGGCGGCCUCCGGAUCAAUUCGACUGAAGCCGACUUCAUCGGUCCCUCUUUUGAAUACGAGAAACCGCCUGAAGCAGGUCUUUUUCACUUCGGAGCUGUUCCUCAAGCAACAACGAUCAAGAUGCGCUUCCCCUACACCAUUGAGCAAGACGUCGGCAACAUAUCUGUUCGAGUUGAGGUCAAUUACUCGACGGACGAUGGCACUUAUCACUAUUCGAGUGUCGUCUCAAUUCCUAUAGCACUUGCCUUGGGUGUUAAUGUCCAGGAUGUUUUCAAGGAUAAAGCACUUUUCUCGCGCUUUAGUGUCUCGACAGCAUCCUUUAGCCCACUUAAACUUUUUGCGUCAGAGCUUCUUGAUUCCGAGGUUUUCAAGUCACACUCUGCACCUGCGGCAAAUAGGAUUGUGACAGUUUUCCCCAGGCAGCCUGCAAGCUUGCUUUACAAGAUUACUCGCAAGUCUGCAGACGUGAUCACUGCUAAAACCCCACGAACUCUAUAUCUCAAGCUACAGUACAGCGUCCUGUUAGAUGAGAUUAUUAACCUUGUGGAGGAAGUAUUUGCUGAAGCCACCAAAGAGUUACCGUUAUCAACCUUUUCGGGCUUCCUCAUUGGAAGUAUUCUUGCAGAAGUGCACUCUAGUCUUUCUGCUUAUGAGCUGGAGCGCGCUGCUCUGCGUGGUGAAGUGCCAACUAGCUUCAUAACACCUUUACUCUCAGAAACAGCAAUGCCUGGCCUAGGCGCGGUUCCAGGGACCGGAGAAGAUGCCUCAACUAUGCUGAAGGCCUUCCUUAAGGACUGGCAGAAAGCCCACCCAAAACUCACCAUUAGGGAGAUGGAGUCAGCGAGACGCUCUAUCCUUAUCCCUGUUGAUGUCCCAUCAAUUCCGGUUUUCCAUUCAGUCGAUAUCCAGCUGCCCUCACCCAAGGAGCAGACUUUUAGCUCAACUGUGGCAGUCAACCAACUCCUUCCCGCCAACCUCCGGUUGCGAUGGACGCGCAUAUGGGAUACGGCCGUCAGUGAUGGCAAGAGCAUCAAUAAGAACUAUGAGUUCAGCUACGAGGUUACGGGUUUGCCUGAUAGCUGGCUCGUUGGCGGUCGAAAACGGGGUCAUUUUAGGAGCUUAGGCAUCGAUCAGUCUGAUACCAAGUUCGGCGAGUCAGAAUUGCAAGUUCCAGUCCUCCUAGUUCCCCUGCGCGAGGGACGACUACCUUACCCCAACGUUGAAAUUCGUGAAGUCAAGGAGGAGAAAGAGGAGACUACUCAAGCACAUGGCCAUCACGAGAUUGACUAUCAGAAUAUUGGGGAAACGGUCCGAGUAGUGACCGACUUGCAGAAGGUGACGUUGAGUUUAGAUGCCAGCGGUCCUAGUGGUGGUCCCUUGGUGCUUGAGAGUGAGCGACGCGAGUUCAACGAACGAAUUCUGCUGUAG